AUGGUUACAAAACCAUUUUUACCGGAUUUCUCUUUCAAAGAACUGAGCGAAUACACAAUAAACGACGAUUGCGCAGACACAAAAAGUACGCGAUCAAGAAAUACUCAGAAACGGUUAACAACGAGCCUGUCAAAAAUUACUCUUAUCGAAAGCGAUACUAUAGAUAAGGAAGACAAUUUGGACGAAAAGAUUGAAAUUAUUGACGAAAACGCCAUGGCAGAAAUGCUUAUAACUGAAUGUGGUUUUGAUGCGGAUUUUGUAAGAACCAUUCUUAACUGGAGACGCCCGGAAUAUUAUGAAGAAACUGAUACGAAGUCAGUUAAGGUCUACCUUCAACCAAUAAGAGUUGACGAAUUUCAAUUAGAUGCCAUGGAUAUUAUAAGGCAACAAACUCAGAUAGACGAAGAAAAAGAACCAUCGGACAAUGAUGAAGAUAUAGAGCAAAGAGAUCGAUUGAAUGAGAGAGUAAAUAAACACGCGGAUAAUAUAAAUAACGAAGAAUAUGUCCCAGCCAGACAGAUUACCAAAUCGACAAAGGAAAAUGACAGCAACUCAGAAGAAAAUCAAAAAUACUAUGCAUUGGUUGUAACUGUGGCCUCAGAGGAAGCUUACAAACGAGAUAUUGACUGUCAAGAAAACAAUCAAAAAAGGGGCCAAGCAGAAGAACUCGAACAAAGAAUAGAUAAGAGAGAGAAUAAGGAUGGACAUGAGAAGAAAGCUAGAGAAUUCCAGCUUGAGAACAGUUUUGAGGAAAUUAAUAAUGAUGAAAGUCACCUGCAGAACAGGGACAAGAGAGACGUAAUCGAUGAAGAAAAAACCGGAGCAGAAAUAUAUGAACAAGAAAAUUACAACGCGGAAAUAUAUGGUGAUGAGAGUCCCGAGGCGGAAGAUAUUUACGAAUACGAACAAGAAUUAUACAAUGCGGGAGAAGGAGAUCAGGAAUAUAACUCUGCCGAAAAAAGCAAACUCGGUAUAAACAAGAGAAACGAACACGUAAAAAAAAGCUGCCGUGUUGAUAAAUACGAUCCAGAAGAUUGCUAUGCGGAAGAAUACAUAGAAGAAAUUUACCAAGAGGCAAACACGGAAGAGGAGCGAAAUAACAAUAAACUCAUAAUAGAGAUCGACAAAGAAGCAGCACCUGAAGCGACGCAGAUGACGAACAAAAUCCGACAAAAAAUUAGCAGGCUCGAAAUUGCCCCAAAUAACCGCAGAAAAGUGAAACAGAAAGACAAAAUCGAAGCAGGGAAGAUCGACAAAGAAACAGCACCUGAAGCGACGCAGCUGACGAACAAAAUCCGAGAAAUAUUAGCAGAGAUCGACAAAGAAACAGCACCUGAAGCGACGCAGCUGACGAACAAAAUCCGAGAAAAAUUAGCAGGCUCGAAAUUGCCCCAACUAGCCGCGGCAAAGUGA